UAUAAUGUAAUAAUUAUUGGUUAAACGUUUCCCUUUUAAUUAAAGAGGAACCCAAAAUUUGAUGACUUAAUUUAAAAUUAAAAACUAGUCUCUGGUUGACUUGAGUCUAAGAAAAGGUAAAUGUUAUCAUUCGAUUAACAUAAUCUUUUGGGUUUGCCGUUAAUAUUUUCAAUGUUUAUUAUCCAAUGAAACUUAUCCCAACUGUAACCAGAAUAUUAUAAUGGCUGCCAUUAAGCAACAAUUAACAGUCUUUAACAAGUAAACAAGUGUCUUCAUUUUAAUCAUGAAUUCAACAUUUAACUCAAGUGAAUCCCAUUCAUUGGUCGAAGGAUUCAGCCAAGCUCUAUUAAUAGUAACAGUUUCAGAACUGGGUGAUAAAACAUUCAUAAUAACUGCAAUAAUGGCAAUGAAGUAUCCAAAACAUUAUAUUCUUAUUGGUGCAUUAUCGGCUGAAUACAUCAUGGUAACAUUUUCAUUGCUUUUAGGCUUAGCAACUUCAAUGGUUCCACAGACGAUAAUUCAUUACAUUUCCAUUAUCCUGUUCUUCAUAAUAGGAGUUACCAUGAUUUAUGAAGGAAUAGCAUGGAAAGACAAUUCGGAUCAUAAUGAUAAUAUUAUUAAUAAAGAUAAUAAUAGCAAUGCUAUUAAUAAUAGUAAUAAUAAUGAUAAGAAUGAUAAUAAUGUUGGAGUUUUGAUGGAAAACAGAUUGGCUUCAACUGCUGCUAAUAAUAAUGCUCCUAAUGAAACAAGGAAAUUCUGGUUCAAGAAUUCGAUAGCAAAACAUGAAUCCUUCGUAAUCAUUGAAAUGUUUACAAUGGUUUUUAUCGCUGAAUGGGCAGAUAAAUCACAACUAGCGGUGAUUAUUUUAACGGCACAACAAAAUAAACUUGGCGUUGCUCUCGGUGCUUUUGUUGCUCAAACGUUUUGUAUGAUUGUUGCUGUUAUUUCAGGUGCAAUUAUUUCCAAUUACGUUUUACCCAAAACUGCUUUAAUUUUCGGAGGAUUGACAUUCAUAGCAUUUUCAAUUUACACAACUUUAAGAGGAACCAAUUAGUAGCAAUCAAUGAUCAACUUUCAUUUUGUCCAGCAAAGUUAUUAAACCAUUAAAAAAAUUGUCUCAUCAAUCAACCUUGACCUUAAGUUGACCAGCGAAAACCAGAAGACAUCCAUUUGAAUGACCUUUACUAGAUGGCGACACAAUUAAGAACAAAAAUGUCACACUGAUAAUGAUGAAACAUUUUUUUUGCUUCUCAAGUUAAACUUGAAUUCACUGUUUUUUCAUCAUUUGAGGCAAGAAGAUGAAAAAAGGCAAUCAUUAAUCAAGACAAGGUCAAGCCUACAACACAUUCUUGAACAGUGUCAAUUGAGGUUUUUCUGGUUGAGAUUUUUAUUGAAAAAAACAACUCCAAGUGAUAACAUCAUUUACUAUGUCAACUGAUUUAUUUUUUGUACUUUUUUUGCUUACUUUUCCCUGAUAAAGCUUCAUGUUGGUUAA